AUGGAAAAAUAUAAGGAGCAAGUAUUUGAGACUUGCCCAUUUACAGACUUCUGCACUAAACCUGCACAACGAAACUACACUUUCCAUUCAAAGCUGUACGGACCAUGUUGUCCGCAGUGUUCCUGCAGCCCGAACUGCUUCGUACGUCAAAAUUGCUGCAUCGAUGCAUUGAUAUCGACAGAAACAUAUAAAUUAGACAUAGUCGACUAUAUCACAUGUAAUUCCACUGAUAUUAAACCAGGUAAAAAAGAAGCUCUUAGUUAUAGAAUGGUGACAUUCUGCCCAAAUGAUAACGGCGAGAAACUCUCGUGUGAAUCAACUAUUGACGGAACAACACGACCUGAGGAUAUUGUCAUAGUUUCAAGUAAAGACGGUCUUGCGAUUUUCUGGAAUGAAGAUUGCGCUAGAUGCCAUGGCAUUACUGAUAUUAUUAGAUGGAAAUUUUCUACAAGAGAUUGUCCAGAUGAUCUGGUGUCAUUAGGCUUAAAGGGAAAAGAAAUGUUUUCCUACGCAAUAGAAAAUUGUACAAUUUUCUCCGAAGCACCAGAUGCUAUUGAUGUUUCAAAGAUAAGAUGUAGCCAAACAGUCUCAUACAUUGACCAGUGUGAAUUAGUUGACGACAUUGAACUAUUACAGUUGUGUGACAACAAUAUGGUGUCGAAAUUCUAUCAGACCAAAACACACACGCUUUUGUCAAAGAAUGUGUUCUGCCAUUUUUGCAACGUUCCAGAAAAUUACACAUAUUUUGAAGAAUGUUAUUUGCCAGGUGACAUGUUUACCGUAACCCCGCUCAGUUACAUACUAAAUCUCAAUCUAAAUGCAUAUUGGGAUGUUGAUGAUGACGACCAUUCAACAGACAUUGAUCCUAGCAAAAGAUGUGAUGAAAAUGAAAUAAGAGAUCCAAUUUUUGACAAGUGUAGGCAACUAAAAUGUCCGUUUCCAAAUGUCACAAAAUCCGGGACUUGCACAACACCAGCUGUUUUACCUGUGAAACCAACUCUGACUCUCUCGUUUAUGAUACAUAUCCGGCAAAUUGUGAAUGCAAUGGAAUUAUCCGACUGGGAAACCAAGUUUAAACUAGCGGUAGAAGACUUCAUACGAAUAACAAACUUGACACAAUGCAAAUAUUUAACUUUCAAACAAACUUACUACAUUUCCAAAUUGAAAAGAGUCCUUGACUACAUAGUUGUAGAUGUAGACUUUGUCAGGACCAGUAGUUGUGGCACAAAUAUCUUACAUGGUAUCUUUUCUGGCGACACAUUUUUUGCUGAUUCUUUUUCUGGUGUUGAGAGUGAACCAUUUCCUAUAUUUAAUAUGUCUGUCCAAAAUUAUACAAUAAUAGGUAACAUUCCGUUUACAUCAGAUAAUCCAAACGUUUCAUUAGUUCCAGGAAUAUUGUUAUACGAUAUAAUAUCGUACACUAAAACAGAUCAUUUGUAUAUCUUUGAUCAAUAUUCUGGUUUCUAUUUCACGCCGACAGAGGCUUUGCCGUGCCCAUACAUUUUUUUGCUUGAAACUGAAUUCACUUCCAUUUUAUCGCAAAAUGCUUUAUGGACGGAAAAUCAGCAAAAUGGUGAAAGUCAUCAGAGGUCAAAUGCAACUGUUGGUUUUAUAUCUAGAGAAUAUUAUAUUAACAACGAGCCUCAAAAGUUUUAUUUCUUAUGCUAUGAAACCUAUAUGUCGUUAAAUUUGAAAUUGCCUGCUACAAAUAAAAGUUAUCAGGUAAAAGGACUUGUCACCCUCAUAUUAUCAAUCCUCUCAAUAAUAUGUUUAACAAUAUGCAUUGUGACAUAUUCCAUAUCGGCAAACACACGGUCUUUACCCAGCAAAGUGUUUAGAAUAGCUUUAAGCAAUUUAUUAUUUGCCCAGGUUAUAUUUCAAUUCGGGGUCGAGAGAACAUCUCUACCUUUUCCUGUAUGUGCUUUUAUUGGAGCUAUGGCACAUUUUUUCUGGCUGUCUGCUGUUUUCUUUUUAAAUGCUUUUUGCAUUUUGGUUGCUGCAAAAUUACAAACUGUAAAGGAUGAGAUCGAAACAAAUAAAUCCGGGUUGGUUAAGGCAUUACUUUCUGUUUAUGGCCUCUCUGCUUUGUUUGUUGGUGUAAAUGUUACAUAUUCUAAGUUAGAAAGGUGCACAAUCGGGUACGGACGUAGCCUCUGCUAUAUCGACGAAGCCUUAAUGCGAUUGCUGCUUUUCGCACUCCCUAUAUUCUGCACAGUUUUAGUCAACUGUUUUGUAUAUCUCUAUAUUAUUUAUACAAUAACAUCCACAUCAACAAUGGUAGGAAGGAAAUCACGUGAUGUGAAAUACGUCACAGUCUAUUUUAGGCUAUUAUUGCUUACUGGAAUAGCAUGGCUGUUUGGUUUUCUAAACGAAUAUUUUUCCUCUGAUUUUCUAGAUUAUAGUUUUAUUGUUCUGAUUGGGGGACAAGGAAUUUUCUUAUUUAUAGCAUUUAAUGGUGGGCGAUUUCUGUCAAAACUACAAAAAAUGUGUAAAAUAAAGACCAACGGUAUCAAGGAAAAGCAUGAUGACAAAAAUAUCAGAAAUCAAGCAAGUAAUGAAAACGAAAAUUUGGAUCGGAUAACCAUUGCUGAUUCAGACCAAACGUAAAAGUCUGAAGAACGAAAUUUGUCUCGAAAGUUUUUAUAUUGUAGUCUUAUUGAAGCCCUGUUAGAAUGGUAUUGUCAUUGCAUUAAGGCAUGUAAGGUUCUUGAUUUUUCUUUUAAAUUCAAAUGUCCUGUUGUUUCAACAAUGAAUAAAAAUUGACAUUUAGAUAUAAGGAUAAUAUAAAUUUUCGUAGAAUAUUGCAAAACCAUGUAUGUAUCAACCCUUUUUUUUUGCAACCAAAAAAUAUUGUUUUUAUUUAGAAUAUAUUUUUAUUGCAUCGCUGUUCAUAAGUAACUUCGUCUGAAAAAAGUAUUAAAUUAUAAGAGAUAACACUCCAUCAUGACUUUAGUACUGAAGAAUGAAACCUGCUUACACCGAUGCUACAUGGCGCAAGACGUGUUGCAUUUGCAAAGUUUCUUUUGAAAAUAGACUAAAUUAUCAAAAGCAAUUGUUAU